AUGACUCGGGCUGGCAAGAAACGUGAAGAUCGCAAGGUGCGUUCGUCGGAUUUCGCCAUGUAUCAACUGGCGGAAUCCAGACCAACGGGCUUGCAUCAUAUUUUUGAUGCGUUUCGACAGGAUUCUCCAACCAAAAAUACAGCUGACACACUGUCAUCGCCCUCUUCUGAUGGUACAUCAUCUGCUUUUUCAGUGUCGCGACUUGAAAUACUCAAAGCUCUUGACAAACUUACCAAGAAAGACAGUACAACCAAACUGAAGGCGCUAGAGCAACUCAUGUCAGCUGUGGAAAGUGUCCCUCAUGAAGUGUUAGAGCGUUUGAUACCCGAUUUUGCCCAUGUCUUCCUGCGACUAGCAGUUGUGGAACCGUCUAGGAAGAUAAGGUUCACUUUGGGUCAGGUACUCCGUAACAUCGCGACGUCGCUUAAACGCAGAAUUCAAUCCCACAUCAAUAUUCUCGUGACACACUGGUGGAUAGCUAUGCACGAUGAGGCCGCGGAUGUUGCAGAAUUAUACACCGAUGCCUUUAACUGCCUUUUCGAAUCGCAAGUGACAACGCGGGCAGAGCUCGAUCGGAAAACGUUUCGUGUUCUUACGCAUUAUAUUCGUAAUAUUGCGAACACUACCAUGACUAUGAUAAAUAGGCAUAUAGAUGACUAUAAGCGUGAAUGGAUGGACGUUUUUGGCAAAAUAUGUGAGAACUGCGCAACUAUUUCUGACAUGCAUAACAGGCUAAUAUGCUCAGUGCUGAGAUCACUAAUGACAAUUAUGACAUACCAACGCUUAUAUGGGUCGGAGGGAGGCCAAGAUGGGUUCCCAGUCUCUGUUUUUAUCAACGAAGAGUUCGUACAUAGAAUAGGUUCACUGUGCCGCAGCACUGCAAUAAAGCAGCGUUUUGCUAGCACGCGCCUCCUAGUCGAAUUUGUGAAAGUAUUGCGCGAUGAAGAUUUCGACGUUGGAAGAGAGGCUUUCAGUGUUGCUAUGUACCUUCUUCACGAAGCUGAGGAAGCCACAAUCACCUUCCAUCGUAUUCGCCUGUUAUGUGCGUGCUCUCGCUACAACAGUGCAUUCUGGGAACCGCAGCAUUUGAAAAAAUAUGUACCGUUUGUAAAAGGUAUACUGGACCGAUAUACAGGAGACUUCUCGGCGAUGACCGAGUUAUAUUCGGUAUUCCCGUGUAUGGUUUCAUAUCUGCCCAAAGAAUGGUUACAUUCUCCUACGGGUGUACAAGCUGUUAUCGAGGUUACCACUAACCUUCUGCAGCUAAUGCAGGACAAGGUUAAUGCAAAUUACGAGCAAUCAUUCGGUUUCGAUUCGAAAGCUUUCAGCCAAAUGGGCAGCAGUAUGUUGUACUGUUACUACCGCAUACUUCUCUUGCCGGAAAGCAGCUUCGAGUCACUUGUCGACCACAUAUUCGCGCCUAUCUUGCACUUAACAUGCGAAGAUUCAUCUUAUGCUAAACAUUUUCUCCUUCAUUUGCCUCGUAUCUUCACAGAAUUCAUCGAAGAAUCAGCAAUUUUGCAGGACGCAGGGACAUCUGACGUGUUGCUUGAGAAGCUAACUCAGAUGUAUGACAAGAAGACUAAUUGCGUCUUUAUGACCCACAUAUUCGGGUUCUUAGCAAAGAUGAACGGGGUUGAAUCAGAAAACGGCCAACUUGCAAAAGUAAGGUCUUAUGCUCAACGUGCAGGGCAAGAUUUGAAGAUGCACAUUAUGCAUCAGGAAUUGCCACGUGUGCUACAAGAGUUCAUGAUGCAACCAUGUUUGUCUUCAUGUGCCACGCCUGUAGAGGAUAUAUUAACUGUUCUGAGCGACGUCGAAUCCGUGCCUCAGCAGUCUAGCAUUUUAGAGGCCCCAACCUUCUUGAUGUCCAACGUCUACGACGAUGAGCGUGAAUUCAGGACCGCAUUCGAUAUCGUGACUCGUAUACUGCAAUUACUGAAACCGGUAUUGGAAGAUCCGGAAAAGUAUUACACGGAUGAGAGUGAUGCAAACACAAUUUUGCUAGUUUCACUAGUUGCGUUGCGUAACUGCGAUUCCGAAAAAGAUGCAGUAACGAUAGGCCGCAGAGUAUUUACACGCCAUAUGGAUCUGGAUCAUGGCAAUGGUAUGACUGUUUUUUUGAAAUUCAUUCACGAGUGCCAACGCUUUUCCGGACCACUAUCAGCUUUGAUUCUCUCAUGGCUCUCACACCCUGAGCAUAUUCGGGCUGAAACAUGCGAAAAUGUUUAUUUAUUGAUCGAUGGCACGUUGCUUGAUGAAGUGGAUGCACCCCUGUACGAUAUUUUUUACAUGGCCUACCAUCUUGUGAAGAAAUAUCAAUGCAAGCGACGUCCCUUGAAAUGCGAUGACAUGGUGGAUGAUAUGGUUGCUCUGUAUCUUGUAGGCUAUUACUGUAAUUUGCCGAUCGAGUUGGAUACGUUCCUCAAAUUCUGUUUGACGCUACUGCCAAUAUGGAAACAGGGUAGUACUGCCGCAGACGAUCUUCAUAUAAUCUCAUUUUUGCAUUAUUUACAGUCAGAGCGUGAGCCUCAUGAGGAUUUGACGAAUGGUUGGGAACAUGUUUACCCAAUUAAGGAGCUUGUCAAUGUUAUUUUAGAGAUGCAAGACAACCCCUUUAGAUCUACAAGGUCUAUCUCACGUACACUAUCUGCUCUCACCACAGUUCUAGAUGUAGACGGUUCUGUUCUAUAUCAUAGAAAUGCGCUUUUAUUCUCUAACGUAUGGUUGAUUAACUGCGAAAAAUGGCUUCUGCCUCAAGUAGUGAUGGACAAAUGCCAUGAUGGAUCUGUCGAAAGUAGUUUGGAGCCGAAUCCAUCGACUGACGAUGCAACCGCUAGCAUCAAAUGCUUCGCUGAGGUGUUUGUAUCCACUUUCUUGAACAAUGGGUUCAGUGUUGCUUCGUUCGAAAGCCUGGCUGAUGAACUAGGUAAAGACCUUCGUUGUACGGGUGUCAUAACGGAGUCAUUUGCGCGGCACGUAUGUUCCACUUCAUGGGCAUCUAAGUUUGAAUAUGACAAGAACCUCCGGUUAUUCACUCUCUACCUCUCAAAAUUGAAGUGCUACGACACCGUAAUGGCGUUUUUCAAACAGCAUUAUACAUCAAACCAAUUUAUGGGAGGUUUCGUUGCUGCGAUAAAUCGCGUAUUAAAUGUUCCAGUGACCCUUGUAGACGAUAUUUGUCAGAUAAUGGAGUCAUGCGGCGAGAAUGACACAGCUCUAUUGACCAACUGUAUGCUGGAACUGGGACAGCUCCUUGCUAGUGUGGUCACCAUCACCAACUGUGGUUAUAAGUUGAAGGACAUUGAGGAUCGACCUUAUCUUACAUUACAAAUGGAGUCCUUGCCCCAACGGUUAUUUCAGCGUUUUGCAGCGAUUAGGUGUACCGACUCUGUGUCGAAGUGUUGGCUACAUUAUGCCUUUAUGGGUUUCCUGCGUUCACGUGUCUGCAUUGUGCAAGCUAUAUCAGGCGACUUAGGCACGUUUUUGAAUAGGUUUGUUGGUGGAUGGAUGAUGAAUGUGUUAAGCUUCUGUUACCAGGAACUUGAAGUGCCUCAUCAUCUGGUAAUUACACUUUUUGCUGACGCUUUGCACUUCUUUUUGUCUAAUAAUGCCGUUUCAUUUGAUGAUUUGAGGUUGUACCCUUCAUCCUAUGAGUUUUCGACGUCAAGCCUGCGCGAGUACGUUGGCGUUCUGGAAGCGCUAUCGAAAGAUGUUAUGGCACGUAUCGCAACAGAAAAUUCACAGACUACACCGUUGGAGCCUGUUGAUGUGCACUAUUUGGUAGUAAUGCUGGUUCACGUUGUGGAGUCCGUGGACGCUUACGUUACAACCAAUGGCCCAGAUUCCGAGCAUGUAAGGGAUGCUGCAAAAUCUUUGCAGUCGGCAUGCUACGAGUUUUUAAGGUUCAUAUCUAAAAGUCAAUCAUGCUAUAUGUAUGUGGUAUCUUUUGUUUCAAGGCUUUGGCACGUCAGGUUCCUAUUUUCAAACAUCUCCGACUACGGCGGCGUCCUGUGUAAAAUGGACCUUGAAAACAACGGAGUGUAUCUCUCGAUACCCAUCGACUCCGUAUCAUUUGCAUUAGCAAAUGGUUUGGGGAAAUUUGGUGCUGCAGGGAAUGUGCCAGUUGACAUGUCACAGCUUCUUUACCAUUUGUUACAGGAUCCAGACACAGGCGAACUCGAUAAGGAGACUACAUCUGAACUGGAAGAGCUCCCUAGCGCCCAAACUCAUGAGAUAUAUGCAAAGAACGGGAGUUCUGCCAUAUCCUUUUGCCUCAACGUUAUUUUGGGGCCACACAUUACAAGUGCAUUGUUCAGCACUUACGAUGUGCUUCUUUCGUCAUCUGACCACCGUGACCUUGAGCUGUGUUUAACGGCCUGGCUGAGCGCGAUAGUGUUAUUGCAGGAUGCAGCCGAAUCCAAAAUGUUCACUUUAAAGAACGCCCUUGCGAUGUUAUUGAAAGUGAGGCCUACGGACGCUGGCGGUGACUUGUUCGAUACGCUUUUGACUCACCUGUCCACUGCUGCGUAUACCGAUAAAGAAUAUGUAAACGCGUGGUGGAUGACAGAUGCGCCACAGCUACCAGAACAUACGGACGAACCUGCAUUGUACGUACUGCUGCAAGUACUUCUGUUGUGUUUGGAGAACUUGCCCCUUCACGAUGAGCACCACCAAAACCUCAUCAAAAGGUUGUAUUACAAGGUCGCCAAGAUGUUCCCAGAAGAGGUAAACCAUGUUUGGAACGUAUGCAAAAGUCCAUAUGUGAAGAAACAGAUCAGAGAGUUUACUAAAAACGAGAUAACACAGCGUCUCAUCGCUGAUGAGCUGCUACUCAUCAAGAAGGACAUGUCGAGUGCGUUGCGCGUGACUCACGACGCUGAUUACCGCAAUGUUUACGUAGCACUGGAGACCAAAGCGGAAGUUGCUGUCAACCUAACCGUGAAAAUACCAUCGGCGUUUCCCUUGGAACCACUAUCGUUUGCAUCAAACGAUGUGUCCGGUACUUUUAAAAAUAAGCACCUCCGAUGGUUGAUGAUGGCUCAAAGUGCGGCUAACAGGUGUGGUAUAGUACAAGGUCUGUUACUGUGGAGCGACAAUAUCACGAAGUUCUUCGACGGCAUUGAGGAGUGUCCGAUUUGCUAUUCGAUCGUACACUUACAGUUCAACUCUAUACCUAGCAAGACCUGCAAAGUUUGCAAGCACAAGUUCCACACGGAAUGUCUGUAUAAGUAG